AAUUGGUUUGAAUAACUGUUUAGCAUGAAAGGGUUAAAUGGUUUCUAUACAGUAACAUAUGAAAGCAGUUAAGCUGUUUGGAACUGUUUACUUGCAUAAAUGGAUGUUAGUCAGCAGAGGCAGUAUAUCAGCAUACCAGAUUUCUUUGUGGCUUUUAGUGGAAAAUGUUAACGCUCAUUUUUCAGCUGAAGAAUUUUUUAGUUUAAUUUGAAUUAGUCACAGACCUGGCAUGAGCAUUCUCAUUGUGAAGACUUUACAAAUGUGGCCUUUUUCGGGGGAGGGGGGAUGGCUAGAGGAAGUUACAUCCUAAGCAGUGGCUCAGUUCUGUGGUAAGUGUAACAUGUGAGCAUUACUAGGCAUUUUAUCCUGCAGGUCUGCAGUCUGCUCUUCAGACCAGGCUCAGUUGGAAUGCUGCUAUGGAGCUGAUUUUUCAGGUCCUGUGGUUGUUUUUUCGUCUUUCUUUCUAAUGAUUAGUUCAUUGAAGGGGUUUGUGGUUUUUGCAAGAUCAUCUACUGAACAUAAGAACAUCUGAAAUCUACUAAAAAGGUCAGCCGUAGAAGGAAACUGGAUUGGCACCAACCCAGAUGUUUGAAUAAAAGAGUUGUCGGAAAGAAGAUGCACGGAGGAUUUUUCUCCCCCUGAAGGAGGACUCUGUAAUGGAAGCUGGAAUCACGCAGAGAUCAAAGGAAAUGCUCAAGUGAUAAACUACUUUGUGGAGGAAAAGACUGAAGCAGUGAUUUGAACAGUAAUUUGAGCUCCAUAGCUUCUUCAAACCGUAAAGUUCUUUUUUUUUGGGGGGGGGGGUUGCUAAUAACAUUCUUGUGGGUUGUUUGCUAGAGCCACCACAGCCAACUACUGCUUGAUGGAGGAAGAAUGAAGGCUCUGCAUUGCCUGUGCUACUGAUGAAAACAGCUAUCUGCAUUUUUGUCAUUUAGGAAAUCUGGAUUAAACGGGCUAUAUUUUAAUACCAAGAAUCUUAUUAUUGUCCCUCAUGGUCUGACUCAUCGCGUGUAAAUGUACUGCAGCUUUGCUCUUAAUGCAGAAGAGUGGUUUUAUUUUUUAAAACAUAGAAAGAAUUGUCAACCUCGGAGCUCUAUGUUCUGAAUUUGUGCUGAGCACAGAUAAAUUUUUUCUGGAGUAUAUCAGCUAUAAGACUAAUGAAGUUCAAGAAAUGAAAUCUUGACUAAAAGUGGAGAUAGAAUAGCAAGAUUUAAAAAUUUUUAUUUUCACCUCAAAGAAAGCCAGCCAUACACAACCAAAUUGACCUUGCCCAAAUUGAGGGUAGCUGGGAUCCACUGUCACUGCAGUUGCCUCUCUUUUCAGUUUAUACAAAGUGGUGUCAUGUCACCCCAAACAAUGACUUCUCUGUACUAAUAAAAUUCUUUUGUGAAGAAAAGUGAUCCUAAAGAGGCAUAAUUUGUAAAGGGUAACUUUUCAAAUGAAUUUAGACUUUAUCUGGGAUUAGUUUACAAAGGUUCUUUUUUUGUUUGUUUUGUUUUACUAAUAAUUUAGAUAGUAAAGAACUGGAGACUUUCAACAGAAUAAAAGAAUUUGGCCAUUUUAAAGAUUCUUAAAAAGGGAUCAGUUACCACUGGAAAAACUGAAGUUUGGAUUAACUUAAAUGCUAGCUAUAGUGUAUACAGAGAAUGUUUGCAAGUGUGUACAGAAGAAGACAUACUACUUGUGCUAUACCAACUGUGAAAUAGUGUUUUAAACGAAUGAGUCGGGUGUGUAUUGUUGUUUUGGAGGAGAUAGAAGAUGAAUCUCCAUCAUUUGUUUCUAAAUUGCCUCAGGAAAAUAAAUUCCUCCCAUCUCCUGCUUCUGGAAAUAUAUUGCCAUCACUGGUUCAAGCUAUAUUUAAUGGAGAUCCUGAUGAAGUUCGAGCACUAAUAUUUAAGAAAGAAGAUGUUAACUUUCAGGACAAUGAAAAGAGGACACCAUUACAUGCAGCUGCUUAUUUGGGAGAUGCAGAGAUUAUUGAACUACUUAUUUUAUCUGGAGCUAGAGUUAAUGCCAAAGACAGCAAAUGGCUGACUCCUUUGCACAGAGCAGUUGCAUCUUGUAGUGAGGAAGCUGUCCAGGUAUUGUUGAAACAUUCAGCAGAUGUUAAUGCCCGUGAUAAAAAUUGGCAAACUCCUUUACACAUAGCUGCUGCAAACAAAGCUGUUAAAUGUGCUGAAGCUUUGGUUCCUCUCCUGAGUAAUGUAAAUGUAUCUGAUAGAGCUGGCAGGACAGCUUUACAUCAUGCAGCAUUCAGUGGACAUGUUGAGAUGGUCAAUUUGUUGCUGUCCAGAGGUGCCAAUAUAAAUGCAUUUGACAAGAAAGACAGACGUGCUAUUCAUUGGGCAGCAUAUAUGGGUCACAUUGAAGUUGUAAAAUUGCUUGUAACUCAUGGAGCUGAAGUCACAUGUAAAGAUAAGAAGUCAUACACACCACUUCAUGCUGCUGCAUCUAGUGGAAUGAUCAGUGUUGUAAAGUAUCUUCUAGACCUUGGUGUUGAUAUGAAUGAACCAAAUGCCUAUGGAAAUACACCUCUUCAUGUAGCCUGCUAUAAUGGGCAAGACGUUGUUGUGAAUGAACUCAUAGACUGUGGUGCUCAUGUAAAUCAGAUGAAUGAAAAAGGAUUUACUCCCUUACACUUUGCUGCAGCAUCAACACAUGGUGCCCUGUGUUUGGAACUCCUGGUUGGUAAUGGGGCAGAUGUGAACAUGAAGAGCAAAGAUGGAAAGACACCAUUGCACAUGACAGCAAUCCAUGGCAGAUUCUCAAGAUCACAAACCAUUAUCCAGAGUGGAGCAGAAAUAGACUGUAAAGAUAAGAAUGGAAAUACUCCUUUGCACAUAGCAGCUCGAUAUGGCCAUGAGCUACUUAUCAACACUCUCAUUACAAGUGGUGCUGACACAGCAAAGCGGGGCAUACAUGGAAUGUUCCCUCUGCAUUUGGCAGCAUUAAGUGGCUUCUCAGAUUGUUGUAGGAAACUUCUUUCUUCAGGAUUUGACAUAGAUACUCCAGAUGAUUUUGGCAGGACCUGUCUUCAUGCUGCUGCAGCUGGGGGGAAUUUGGAAUGCCUAAAUCUUCUACUCAAUACUGGCUCAGACUUCAACAAAAAGGAUAAAUUUGGGAGAACGCCACUCCACUAUGCUGCAGCCAACUGUAACUACCAGUGCCUGUUUGCUCUCGUGGGGUCAGGAGCCAGUGUGAAUGAUCUGGAUGAGAGAGGUUGCACACCCCUGCACUACGCAGCCACCUCAGAUACAGAUGGCAAGUGCCUGGAAUACUUACUAAGAAAUGAUGCAAAUCCAGGAAUCCGUGACAAGCAAGGAUACAAUGCGGUUCAUUAUUCUGCUGCUUAUGGUCACCGUUUGUGUCUAGAAUUGAUUGCCAGUGAAACUCCCUUAGAUGUCCUAAUGGAAACCUCCGGUAUGGAUAUGCUAAAUGAUUCAGAUAACAGAGCACCAAUAAGCCCUUUGCACUUAGCUGCCUAUCAUGGUCAUCAUCAAGCACUAGAAGUGUUGGUACAAUCUUUGUUAGAUCUUGAUGUACGAAACAACAAUGGAAGAACACCCUUAGACCUGGCAGCUUUUAAAGGCCAUGUUGAGUGUGUGGACGUGCUCAUUAAUCAGGGAGCAUCAAUCUUAGUCAAAGAUUAUGUUGUGAAGAGAACACCUAUACACGCUGCAGCAACCAAUGGUCAUUCCGAGUGUUUACGGUUAUUAAUAGGGAAUGCAGAGCCACAGAAUGCAGUGGACAUUCAAGAUGGAAAUGGACAGACUCCCCUGAUGUUGUCUGUUCUGAAUGGACACACAGACUGUGUUUAUUCACUAUUGAACAAAGGAGCAAAUGUAGAUGCCAAAGAUAAAUGGGGAAGGACAGCAUUGCAUAGAGGGGCAGUUACAGGCCAUGAAGAAUGUGUAGAUGCACUGCUUCAACAUGGGGCCAAGUGUUUACUGCGGGACAGUAGGGGUCGAACACCUAUACACUUGUCAGCAGCCUGUGGUCAUAUUGGUGUUCUUGGAGCACUGUUACAGGCAGCAGUAUCUGCAGAAGCCAUUCCUGCCAUCACAGACAAUCAUGGCUAUACAUCGCUUCACUGGGCCUGCUAUAAUGGACAUGAAACCUGUGUUGAACUUCUCUUGGAACAGGAAGUCUUCCAGAAAAUGGAAGGAAAUUCUUUCAGCCCAUUACAUUGUGCCGUGAUAAAUGACAAUGAAGGUGCUGCUGAAAUGUUAAUUGAUACUUUGGGCACUGGCAUUGUAAAUUCAACGGAUACAAAAGGAAGAACCCCUCUUCAUGCAGCUGCCUUUACAGAUCAUGUAGAGUGUUUACAGCUGCUCCUCAGCCAUAAUGCACAAGUGAAUUCUGUAGAUUCUUCGGGGAAAACACCUCUAAUGAUGGCUGCAGAAAAUGGACAGACAAAUACUGUUGAGAUGCUGGUUAGCAGUGCUAAUGCAGACUUGACUCUACAAGACAACAGUAAAAACACAGCUCUCCAUUUGGCAUGCAGUAAGGGUCAUGAAACUAGUGCCUUGUUAAUCCUGGAAAAGAUAACAGAUAGAAACCUCAUCAAUGCAACCAAUGCAGCUUUGCAAACACCCUUACAUGUUGCUGCCCGAAAUGGACUCACAGUUGUAGUGCAAGAACUUUUGGGGAAAGGUGCAAGUGUGCUUGCUGUGGAUGAAAAUGGAUAUACCCCAGCUCUGGCCUGUGCUCCCAAUAAGGAUGUGGCUGAUUGUCUAGCCCUCAUUCUGGCCACCAUGAUGCCUGUUUCAUCAAGUAGCACAAUACCAUCCCUAACGUUCAGUGCCAUUAACCAUUUCUCUAACUCCUCAAAAACGGUGACCUUUGACUCCUUGCCAAUCAUGCGGAGUGAACAUAGCUCUUACUGCAGUUUCAACAACGUUAGCGGGGAAGAUGGCUAUCCUUACACAGAAGAUGACGAGCUCAAUGAUUCCGAUUCGGAGACUUACUGACAGGCUUCUGUGGAUGUGUGAAGACUGAGUCCCUAAUGUUUAAAAAGAAGGCUUUUUUCGGGAAAAAGCACUCAGAGUUCAAAAAUAAGAUCAGCUUAAAAGAAAAGAGCUAAUGGAGGAUGAUCCACACACUGACAUGUAGAGGAAGAGUUUUUAAACACAAGUUUUACAAAAGGAGCUACUUGCCUAAAGCCUUGAAGUGGACUUGAAAUUCAGAACUAAAAGGACCAUCUAAACGACUUCGUUUAAUUUGGUUUUGAGGUGGAAGGUGUAAUUUUGGAACACUUAAAUAUGCUGGUCUGUGUAGACAAGCAACACUAUUGUACAAGAAAAAAGGACACUACAUUUAAAUCUUAUCAAUAAAACUAAUAGAAUUUGAAGGCAAUAAAAGUUUGGUACAAGUAGGCAUUGUUGCACAGCAAAUUGCCAAAGGACCAAAUAACUUAAAGGUUUUUUAAUCUAAUAACUUUUUGUGGAAACUGGAAUAUGUUCAUUGAAAACUUAUCUAAACCAAACUUUAAUAUUUCUAAAAAAUGAAGUUCAAAUUUGGUUUUAAAGUUUGAUUUUUUAAAAAAAAUAAGCAAAAAUCUGAAAGCCUUCUGACACUGUAUUUAAAUGUACAAUGAGAGAAAGCAGAUGUAUUUUUAAGUUUGUUUUUUUCUUUUAGAUAAAAUUUUAAAGAAAAAUUGUCAUACUUUUAUAAUGUUAAAAUUGAAAACCAGCUAACUGAUGCAGUCAGGGUGAUACAUGUACAGUGUAAAAAAUAGGGGGGAGAGGCCAACACAAUUAUUGUUGCACAGUUUUGAAGGUUAUGUUUAGAAUCUAAAAUUGAGCUAUUGUUAUUUAAAAUGUGUUGAAAAGACUUCUACAAGAGAGGGAAACAAAUUGGAAGGUCAUUUCUUGACACCCUGUUGCAGCUGUCUGGUCCUAGAAAAUGGAUUUUUUUUCCCAAUAACUUAUCCACUUUUUUAUAACAUGUACAUUGGUUACCGAAAUUAUUUUUAUUCCUCCGUAUUGCAUUUAUUUUCCAUUAUUUAAAUCCUAGAAUAUGAUUUUUUUAAAUGAUCAAAAAAGAAUAUCCCCUUUUACCCAAAAGUAUAAUGUCAGGUUCUUUGGAAGAAUUAUUUGUUGUAUAACAUUUUAAAAAUAUGAUAAACAUGUAGAUUCUGUUCAGACAUGUGUUUUAUAACACAUCAUUGUUAAGGGAAAGGAGGAAGAGGGUGGGAGGGAGUGGACUGCUGGAAAUUUCUUGACAAAUAGAAAAGUUUCACAACUUUUAAAGGAAAACUAAAGGUUAGACUAUUAGGAAGGUAACUAUUUGGUUCUGCUUCAAGUGAAAUUGCUCAAAGACAUGCAAAGUCAUCUUGCAUUUCCAGAGGAAGUACAAUAAGUUGCAGCAAAUUGAUUCCCAAUUUCAAUUUAUCCUUUUUUUUUAAAUCUGGAACUGGAAACCUUAAUGCCAUUGUAAAUUAUCAGCUGGUUUUCUGAACAUCAAGUGUGAAAACACAGAACAGUAUUUUGAUCUAUUUGAUAAUUUUGUGGGGUUUUUGAAGAAUUAAUGAGCAUGUACAUAGAAAUAGUGACUGCUUGAAUACUGUAUUUACUUGCACUCUUUCAGUACAUCAAGAUUCCUGUAUAUUUUACGGAGUAUAAUAAAACCCAGAUGUGAGUUGUAUUUA